UUUUGGACAGAAAAAAAAAAUUAACUAAAAAACGAAGAUUCAGUCAGAUUCAAAUGUUCGAUGUCAGAACGUUUUCACUUCCUUCACGUCUUCUUUCCUUUUCCAGUUUUCCGAAUCAGCCCAUGCAAAAUCCCCAAUUCUCAAUAAAACCCUGAUUUUUCAACUCUCCUGAAAUCUUAUUCUUAUUUUUCUUGAAUUUUAAUUUUAAUAAUUCGAGCUCAUAAUCAACUCCAAAGAAGAGAAAAAAAAAUGAGCAAUUUGUGGACAAUUUGUAGACCGCACGCGGUCUUUUCUUCGUUGAUUUGUUGUAGCAGGCACCACCACCUCCAUCAAGCUCGAUCUGGAAUUAGGGUUUCCUAUCGAAAUCCUAAUUUUAGGCCAUCGUCGUUCUCUCCUUGGUUCGAUUUGUCCAGAGAUUUGGGCAGGAAGGAACCUUUGUUUCGGGUCAAUCAAAGGAGAACUGUUGUUAGGGCAUCGAAUUGGACCCAGCAAAAAUCUCCCUAUGAAACUCUUGAGUUAGAAAGGGAUGCUGAUGAAGAACAGAUAAAGACUGCGUACAGACGCUUGGCCAAAUUCUAUCAUCCUGAUGUCUAUGAUGGUAGAGGGGCUCUUGAAGAAGGUGAAACUGCGGAAGCAAGAUUCAUUAAGAUUCAAGCUGCUUAUGAAUUGCUCAUAGAUGUGGAGAGGCGUAGGCAAUAUGAUAUGGAUAACCGAGUCAAUCCGAUGAAAGCAUCUCAAGCAUGGAUGGAGUGGCUUAUAAAAAAGCGAAAAGCUUGGGAUCAGCGGGGAGAUAUGGCUGUUGCAGCUUGGGCUGAGCAGCAGCAGCGAGAGUUGAACCUCCGUGUCCGCCGUCUUUCUCGUUCUAAGAUAGAUCCUGAUGAGGAGAGAAAAAUCUUGGCAAAAGAAAAGAAGGCAUCAAUGGAAAACUUUAGCAAUACCCUUAAGCGGCAUACCCUUGUGCUAAAGAAAAGGGAUUUGAUACGAAAGAAAGCAGAGCAGGAAAAGAAAAAGGUUAUAAAGGAGCUUUUAGCUGCAGAAGGCCUUGAGCUUGACACAGAUGAUGAAUCACAGUAGAAAAUGUUGUAUACGGGCCACAACUUAAUUCUUUAUAUAUCACUUAUUGGACCCCCUAUGCAUAUACAUUUUUGUGCUUAAACGAAAGGAAAAAGAGAAACUGUAUAUAAAAUUGUUCCAAAUUUAAGAAAGAAAAUUGUUAUUCUCGAUUAGAAGUUUCCUAUAUCUCCACUUUAUGCGUGCGAGUGUAUAUGUUGUGUUGGAUGUCUAUGAUUGCAUGUGCUGGUGCAAACGGUGGUUAAAUGGGUAAGACGAGUGAAUCUAGAAGGGGACCAGUUCAAAAGCUAUUCCUAUUGUUUUAGAAUUAUAGAUGAACCAGUGCAUUUUCACACCAGCGUCCUAGAAUUCUGCAAAAUAGAUUUACAGUAGACGUUUGAACAAAGUGCAUGCUAAACUUAGUAGGAACUGACCGGCUGGCAGGCUUGCUGCUUGGUUUUCUAAGAAACUAGGGCAUGCGCUUUAGUUUAAGGGACCAAACGCUCUGAAACAUUAGCUUGUGGUUGCCAUGCUAUAUUGUAUACAAAUAGCUCUUGUGCAAGCAGAUAGGCCAGCUUAGACAAAUAGUGCAGGCCGGAUCUUUGGCAUUCGCUGGUUACAAAUGUACAUUAGCAGUAUUUUUAAUUGAACUUCAAUAAUGGAAAGCAAAAACCAAAAAAAAAA